AUGCUGAACCAUCCUUGUCCUUCCACAUGUCAGUGCCUCAUACUCUGCGUCCUGUUGUUGGUGUGUGGUUGGAACAAGGCAGCCUGUUCUCUUGGGGAGGGCAGGAGGAUUUGGCAGCAGCCCAAGCCGGACCCCAUAAUCAAAGACCAAUCUUUCCUUUAUGACACCUUCCCCCCUGGAUUCCUCUGGGGUUCUGGGACGUCUGCCUUCCAGACAGAAGGAGCCUGGGACCAGGAGGGGAAGGGAACCUCCAUCUGGGACCAUUUCACCCACUCCUCUAUCAGUGGUAAUUUGGCAACUGAGAAUGCCAAUGUGGCUAGUGACAGCUACACUCACUGGGAAGAAGAUGUGAAUGCAUUGGAGUUUCUAGGUGUAAGAUCAUACUCCUUCUCACUCUCCUGGCCCAGGAUCUUUCCUGAUGGGAAUGCCAGGAGUCCACCGAAUACAGUUGCUGUGGUGCAUUACAGUCGCCUCAUAGAGAGACUUCUGCAAAAGAAAAUCGAACCCAUCGUCACUCUCCAUCACUGGGACCUGCCACAGGUUCUGCAGGAGCGAUACGGAGGCUGGAAAAAUGACACUCUGGUGGAACUGUUUGAGGAAUACGCUGCCUUUUGUUUCCACACGUUUGGGAGUCGAGUUAGGUACUGGCUCACAAUUCAUAACCCAUACCUGGUGGCUGUACAGGGGUAUGGGACAGGUGUGCACGCUCCUGGAGAGACAGGGGGUACCUCUGGCUCUCUCAUUGUGGCCCACAACCUGAUCAGGGCACAUGCCAAAGCGUGGCACAUCUACAACACCCACUUCCGACCAACUCAGAGGGGUCAAGUAUCCAUUGUCCUGGGAUCCCACUGGGUUGAACCUCAGAGAGGUCAGGCAACGUCAGGCAAUAUCGAACUCUGCCAGGAAUCAAUAGAGGCUGUGCUUGGCUGGUUUGCCAACCCCAUCUUUGGAGAUGGGGACUACCCAGUCUCUUUAAAAAUCAAGCAAGGGGCCCUCCUGCCCACAUUCACCCCUGAGGAGAAGCUUUGGGUGCAGAAAACAGCUGACUUUUUUGCUCUGUCCUUUGGACCUAACAACCUCCGUCUGGGCCGGAACCUGGUCCAUUAUGGGCAGACUGUGACCCCAGACCUGAGGCGUGUACUGAACUGGAUAAAGCUGGAGUAUGGGGACUUAAGAAUGCUGGUGGCUGAGGGGGGCUGGUUCUCCGAAGCAAGUGUGGGAAAGGAGGACACGGUGGCCAUCUAUCUGAUGAAGAGUUUUAUCAAUCAGGUUCUGCAAGCUAUUAAGUUUGAGGGUGUGCAGGUGUUUGGCUAUUCUGCUUGGUCAUUGGUGGAUGGAUUUGAGUGGAAUUAUGGCUACACUAUUAGGCGAGGUCUUUUCUACAUUGACUUCAGCCAGCCAAACCGAACCAGGUCCCCCAAGACCUCUGCACUGUACUACCGGCGUGUAGUCGCUGACAAUGGUUUUCUGAGAGAUGAAAACUUUGGAGAGGUCAAAGGCCGUUUCCCUUGUGACUUUCAAUGGGGUAUAGCUGACUCCACUUUACAGGUCCACUUCUACCCGUUCUCACCACAGUUUACUGACCCCCAUAUGUACAGCUGGAAUCUCACAGGAGACGGAUCACUGCGUCCAGUCCCAGGGGUGAAACUCCACACAAGACCAUCCCAGUGCACUGACUAUUUGGCCAUCCGUGGUCAUCUUCGCCUGUUUGCAUCCACUGGGGCAUCUCACUACCGCUUCGCCCUAAACUGGUCUCUGAUUUUACCCCAGGGAGACCUCUCUAAUGUGAACACUGAGGCUCUAAGGUACUACCGCUGUGUCCUAACCGAGCUCAAGAAGCUGAACCUGGAGGCUGUUGUAAUUCUCUAUUACCCAACACACAGAGCUCCAAAUAUAGGCUUGCCUGGGCCAAUACUUGCCUCCGGGGGUUGGCUCAACUACAGCACAGUUGAAGCAUUUCGGGAAUAUGCAGCACUCUGCUACCAGCAGCUGGGGUACUGGGUUCGAUACUGGAUUACCAUCAAUGAGCCGAACAGACUCAUAGAUGUUUAUUCUGAUGGGAACGAGAAGCAUCAAGCAGGUCAUAAUCUUCUUCUAGCUCAUGCAAAAGCUUGGAGGCUGUAUGAGAGGGAACAUUAUAGCCAACAGAAAGCACUGGUAUCACUUGCACUACAUGCUGACUGGGCUGAACCUGCCAACCCCUUCCUGGACUCACAUAUGGCAGCAGCACAGAGAUUCCUCCUGUUUGAACUUAGUCGCUUCUUAGACCCUCUCUUGUUGGGAACUAGACAUGAGGAGAAGAAUAUCGAGGGGGGGUAUCCACAAGAAAUGAAGAUGUACCUGGAGGAGAGAGCUCGAGUUACAGGCCUCCCUGGAUCUCCUCUGCCUAGUUUUACUGAGGUGGAGAAGCACGAGCUGAGAGGGGCUUUGAGUUUUAUCGCUCUGAACCAUUUUACUACUCGUUUGGUGUCUCCAUAUCCCCGCACACAGGCCAGUUUUCAGCCGAAACAACCACCUGAUCACGACUGUCUGACCCUUUCUGAUCCCACUUGGCCCUCAUCCGGUCUUGGACAGGCUCUUGUACCCUGGGGCCUGAGGAAGAUCCUGAACUGGGUGAGCCAGAGAUAUGGAGGGGCUCUACCGAUCAUUGUCACAGCCAGUGGGGUUGAUGAUCAGGCUCCUGUUGAGGACAAACUCAGGCAACACUACCUAAGGACUUACCUGCAGGAGGCUCUUAAAGCUCACCAGUUAGAUGGGGUCAACCUGCAGGGCUUUUACUUGUGGAAACUGCAAGAUCGGCAUGUCCCUCAGUUCGGGCUUUUCACUUCAACCCAACAUCAGUCCACACCUAAGGCCUCCAUUGCUGUCUACAGAGAAAUUAUCACCCACAGCGGUUUCCCGGAGGAUGACACCACGCAGACCUGCAGCUUCAGUGAGCUGCACCAGCCGUGCUCCGUAUGUGCAUGGAUGUUCAAGAACAAAGCAAUGCUGGUUUUCGGAGGCUGCCUCCUGAUAACAGCUGUUAUGUUGGCAGCACUCGUCAUCUUCGUCAUCAUCACCAAGAGAAAGCAAACAAGAGGCGGAGGGAGGAGAACGAACAGGAUAAGCAGGAGGAGAAGAAGGGAAGGAGUACCUGUUUGCUCAUGUCCACCUGUUCUGAAGUGCUAA